AGUAUCAACAACGUCAUCUGGAGAGACCGUGAAUAGAAUUAAACCUGGAGGAUUAGAAUGAGAUACAACUCAAUUCUCGUGAAACGUUUGAGCAGUGCAGAGGAGCUUGUGAAAUAAUAAUUUAACUGCUGAACCUAGUUGAAUAUAAAGUGUCAGGUUACAAGGUUGGAAUCAGUAACAAUGGAAUUUGAGUAUGUGUUGUGAAGAACGUGAUCAUACAUCAUCAAAACUCAAUUAGUGAUGAAUCAUAUAUUAAUAACGAUAAGUUGAAUUUAUCCCGGCUCUUCCGUGCUCUUGUAUCAGAAAUUAACAUAAAGCUAGCUGCAACACCCGGAGUAAAGAAUAGUUUCUGUCAGGCUUCUCAGCUGUGCAUAGUUUAUAUACAUCAAACAUUGUCUAUCAAGUGAAUAUAAAACAUAUCCUACUGCUAACCGGAGUCAGUUUUAAAGAGCAGGGUUACAAUAAUAUCAGGGUGGAACAACAUGGAGCUACCAGUUCCAACAAUAGAUGAAGGAGGAGGGCUAACCUGUCAACACCCUGACGACAACGCUAAUCUUGUUCAAGACGAGAACUAUAACGAGGCUGCCAGUGAGGACAGUGGGAUGUCCUCGGUUAUCGGAGGCGAUGUCGGUCCAUCUUCCGAAGGUCAAGCUCCUGGAGGUCUUUUGAUUAUGCCGACCUCCCCUGUAUCCGUCACAACAGCCAGUAUGUCGGCUAGUGAUGAUAUGAUAGAAAAUGAGAAUGAGAUGUUGCGUGACAGGGUUGCAGAUCUAGAGAAGAGGGUUCAUGAUCAGAACGACGAGAUAACCUGUCUCAGAGCAACCCUGGCGGACUGUCUCCGGAGAAUAAACAGUCUUGAAACUAACAAGAGUCAUGUUCAAUUGAAUAGUUAUCCGUCCAGGACAAGAACAGAUGGAACUCAGAAAACUCCUCAAAGACGACCUAUGUCGGGUUCUUACUCAUCAAAUGAUUUUAACAGUGUUGCGCGAGCAGCUCAUGAAGCGAUUAAUAGAAGAGCGUCUUAUGCAUCCAACAGGGAUAAGGUUGGAUCUAAAACCAGCCUGUAUCAAUCCACAAACUCCCUUCACAAUGACGGACAAUCUUCCAAUUCCAUGUCCCCAGCCCCCUCCCCCUCCCCCACCACACAUCCAGUUCGUCAUCCCUCCCCAGGGGUUCAGAGACUUAGUACACCCCAGAGACCGUCAUCUGCAUCUACAGGUCUACAUAAGAAGUGGAGUUCUACAAGUGAUUUCAGGGAGCUUUCUCCGGGUCCAAACCAGAUAAGUAGACGAGGUUUAAACGCGGGAUCUCUUGCCAGUCUAAGAUCUCCUUUUGGCUCUCAGCAGAACCUAAACCGACACACAAGACACGGAACCAAAGAUGCUAAUUACAGCCCUGAGGACGGAAUAUUAAAGUUUCACCUGAGAGGGAGAGGAGUAAGUCUAAUCUGUGCAGCAUCUCAGUUGGAUAGUUUCAACCUGGCAAAGGUAAACCCUGCUCCGGCUCAGAAACUCAAGCUUGAGUGGGUAUACGGAUACAGAGGCAGAGAUGCAAGAGCAAACCUGCAUCUUUUACCAACAGGAGAAAUGGUUUAUUUUAUAGCUGCAGUUGUGGUCCUGUACAAUGUCGAAGAACAAAACCAAAGGCAUUAUCUAGGACACACACAGGAUAUUAAAUGCAUGAGUGUCCAUCCUAACAAGCUCCUGAUUGCUUCAGGGCAGGCGGCAGGCCUUGACAGACCUCAUAUAAGGGUUUGGAACUCUGUUUCUCUCCAAACCAUGCACGUUUUAGGAAUGAGCGAUUUUGAGAGAUCAAUUUGUUGCUUAUCCUUCUCCAAAGCUGACGGAGGAAACCUCCUGGUUGCAGUUGAUGAAGGAGAACAUAAUAUCUCCGUCUGGGAUUGGCAGAGGAGUGAGCGGGGACACAAGAUUACAGAAACUAAAUGUUCAACAGAAACCGUAGUUGCGGCCGAAUUUCAUCCUCUGGACGGACGGACGAUUGUUAUUGUUGGGAAGGGUUUCGUCAAUUUCUGGCAGCUCGACUCAACCACGCUCACCCUGUCUCGUAAAACCGGGAUCUUUGACCAGAGGGAUAAACCAAAGUAUGUGACAUGUCUCGCGUUCUCGUACACUGGUGACGUUAUAACCGGAGAUUCCAACGGGAACGUGUUUAUCUGGGGGCGAGGGUACAACGCUGUGACCAAGGUGAUGAGAAAGAUCCACGACGGACCUAUCUUCUCCAUCUGUGUUCUCAAGGAUGGAUCUAUCAUCACCGGAGGAGGAAAGGAUAGCAGAAUUGUUAAGUUUGAUACAAUGUAUAGGAAGGUUGGAGUUGAAGCUCAGCUCCCGGAGCAUCUUGGAUCCAUUCGGAUAAUUUCUCAGGGGAAGGGAAGCCAACUGCUGAUAGGAACCACUAAGAACAGUAUUCUCACAGGAAACUUUGAUCUGAACUUCCAGGAGAUUAUGGUCGGACACACAGGAGAGGUUUGGGCUCUCUCUACUAGUCCUAGCAAUCCACAGUUCAUCUCAGCAGGACAUGACAGGAUGAUUCAUCUCUGGGAUACCCUCUCCCAUAGUGUAGUGUGGAGCAACGAUGUCGGAGAACAGGCCCAGUCCGCCACCUUCUCCCCAGACGGAGAGGUCAUCGUGGUUGGGACCGUCACCGGGAAGUGGGUCGUCCUGGACGUGAACACCCGGGAGGUGUUCGGAGUUCACCAGGACGGAUCGGAGCCGGUUUUUGUGGUUAAAUUCUCUCCGGAUGGAAACCUCCUUGCUCUGGGUUCCAGAGACAAUGCUAUUUACAUGUAUCAGGUGCGGGACAACUACAGGAAGUUCAAUAGAUUGGGACGCUGUAUGGGACACUCCGGGUAUGUAACGAACCUGGAUUGGUCUGAGGACUCACAGUUUCUCCGAUCUAACUCCACAGAGUACGAGAUCUUGUAUUGGAGCGCAGCGGUCUGCAGAUCACUCCGGGACGUGGAGACAAUCCGAGAGAUAGGUUGGGUUACUAAUGAUUGUCCCCUGAGCUGGGGAAGCCUGGGUGUAUGGGGAGAGAACCAGGAUGCUCCUGAUGUUGGUUCAACGUCAAGGAAUCCGGAGAGAGAGUUGCUUGCCAGCGGAGACUCGUCAGGACGGGUUCGGAUCUAUACGUAUCCCGCAUCUCAACCUAAAAGUUUGAACCAUUCCUACACCGGGCACAGUAGUCCGGUCACAAAGGUUGCCUGGAUGACCGAUAGUAGUAAACUUAUUUCCGCAGGAGGAAAGGAUAAUGCUUUGCUGCAGUGGAACCUUAUUUAGGUUCUAGUUCCAGGAUCCAGGUUCCAGGUUCAAUAUAAACCUUGACCGGCUCCAACAUUAAAACUAUACAGCUUGGAAUAUAACCGAACUGCAGUGCAUCUUGCACAGGAUUAUUUUGCGAGUUUUAAACACAUAAUUGCAGAUUUGCAAUUAUAGAAUUUAUUUGGUCCAAAUUUUAGAAUUUUGUUUCCAAACCUAAUAUCCUGAAACAUACACCGUGAAACCAGUUUUAAAGGAGAAACAGCAUGCAUCAAUGAUCUAAUUUGAUAUUUUUAAAUUAAACUAAACAUUUGAUAAGUUGUGAAGAUCUGAAAAUAAAAAUACAAAACGAAGUGUUAAAAAUGUUAACAGACGUAGUGAUGUCGUCUUCAAUGUUAAAUGACUUGAUUAUUUAUGAAAUGUGUGAAUAUUUUUGAUCCUAAAUUAACCCUUGAGGUAUAAUUAUAUAAUUUUUAUUCUUC